GGCUCCAGUAUUCAUAUUAGUGAUUUUGUCUGUGAAUCUAUCGGGCGUCUCAAACUUUCAGACUAUGAAAUUGGUAUAAAUGACUUACUUUCUGAUUCUAUGUGUCUCAAAUAUACCGAAGCAGGUGUUGCUAUCUAUUCAGACAUAAAUCAUGAUACUCUAUUCAUGUUUGAUAAUAGUAGCAAUCAUAGUUCAUUUGCUAAAGAUGCCCUUUUGGUCUUGCAAAUAGGUAUGAAAGAUGAUACAAAAAAACCACUUCUUCAUGAUAAUACAAUACCUAAUAGUUCCAAGUAUAUAAUGAUUUAUAUAGACAAUGCUAAUGUAAAAAGGCCUAAGAGAAUUAAAUGGGUUCUUGAAAAAAGAGGUUUAUGA